AUGGAUCAUUCCAUGGAUGGAAUGGACAUGUCCUCCGGCUCGAGCUCUGGCUCGUCUAUGAGCAUGCCAAUGGUCUUCACCAACUCGCACACCACGCCCCUAUUCUCGAAUACCUGGACACCUAGCUCCACCGGCGCCUACGCGGGAACAUGCAUUUUCCUCAUUCUCCUCGCCAUCAUUGAUCGGAGUCUCUUCGCCUUGAAGGCCAUCAUGGAGCGACGGUGGCGUGCUGCUCAUCUCAACCGGCGCUAUAUUGCAAUUGCCGGAAGGACCAGCGAAGCCGGGCGAAUUGAGGCUGACCCCAAUGCGAAACUCUCCACACUCAUCAGCGCAUAUGGCAUUGAAGAGAAUGUCAAGGUCGUGCAUAAUGUUGCCGAUGGGCCAAUUUCGUGGCGGUUCACCGUGGAUCUUCCGCGUGCGGGACUUGUUCUCUGCAUUAUUGGUGUUUCUUAUCUACUAAUGCUCGCUGUCAUGACCCAAAAUAUCGGGUAUUUCUGCUCUGUCCUGGCUGGUGCCUUUCUUGGAGAAUUGGCGAUUGGUCGAUACAUCGCCGGGAAUGACCACCCCCACUGA